GGGCUCCUCCUGCCAAAUUCUUUCUCCUUCGUUGUCUCGAAACUCCUGCAGCUUCGGGCUCGAGCUCCAGGCAGUGCGCGUUCCAGGCUCUCCAGGCUCUCAGCUCUUCAGGUUCCGGAGCCAUGAACAGCAACCAGGCAGUCUCCCGGGGGCAGCUCAACCGAACUUUUCCUCCCCGAAACUAUGAGCUUCUCUCGGAGGAGUCAGGACUGAGAGCACCGGGGCAGGACCCAGCCUCCACCAUCAUCAGCGUCCACUCCUAUGAGCCUCCCCCGAAAGAUUUCUUGGUCUGGUCCGUGUUCAACACGUUGUACAUGAACUUCUGCUGCCUGGGGUUCAUGGCCCUGGUCUUUUCCGUAAAGGCCAGGGACCGGAAGUUGGUGGGUGACCUGAAUGCAGCCCAGAGCUACGGCUCCACAGCCAAGUGUCUCAACAUCUGCGCUCUGAUCUUCUCGCUUCUGCUGGUCACUCUGGUCAUCAUUCUGGUGGCCACCGGUGUCAUCAUCAUCAGGCGGGCGGCAAUGAGCCAAGACAAUAACUCUUACUUUCCCGAUUUAUUUUCGGGCAACUAACCACAAUUUCGCACCCUCCCUAACCCCAGUCUCUAGUUCGCUCCGCCCCUCCCCCUCCUUCCUUCCCUCCCUUCCCGCUGUUUUGAGGCGCCUCUUCCGACUCAUCUCCCCUUCCUCCCUCCCCCAUUGUAUUCAAUAAACGCCUCCGUUUUUACGUGA